CGGAGCCCCUUAUACUUCCACUAUGAUCCUGACAGGAACGAAGGAAGGAAGAGAAAGAGGGAUGAACGCCACUCACGCCGGGACGCAGAGUAGAGGCCAGAGAUUCGAGUGAGCGUCGUGAACGAUCGUUGAACAGACCCGAGUUGUUCGCGGUUCUCCGUUGGAAUCGAGUAUCUCUGACAGAGGAGAAGAAAACGGAAGCGUAGUGUCGCCGUGAUAACUCGCGAAAGGGAUUGAACGAUAUAAGUGGAGAAGAAGGAAGAGGCAGAAGAAGAACCGAAGAGGAGCAGUAACAGGUGGAACAGUUUUAGAGUAACCGGAGACGAUGGAUCAAGGUUUCCCAGGGCAACAUACCACCACGACCACUGUGACGACUACUACCACGACGACUCAGCCCAAUAUACGGUUCGACCCGUCAUAUGCGAGGACAUUGCCCGGCAUACUAAAAAUCGUACAAGUAGUACUAAAUCUCUUAGGAUUUAUAUGCAUAACAGUGUCGGUACACAGCAGUCACAGCCGGGGAGGAUGGUUCAAUACCGUGGCCAUGGGCGGCUUCUGGUUCACGGGCAUCCUUCUCGUUCUCUACCUGUUCCACAUUGUGGAGAAAUUCGCCAGGAUUCCUUGGCUUAAAAUUGAAUUUAUAUUCUGCACGAUAUGGUCCCUUUUCUAUUUACUGGCCGCUUCCCUGGCAGCUGACUUCGCGCGUUACACAGAGGCUUUCGGUGUUGCUGCGUUCUUCGGAUUUUGCGCAAUGGUGGCAUACGGUUACGACGCUUGGCUGAAGUUUAAGGCGGCAAAGAGCGGGGCGUUGGCGCAGGGCCAGCACACACCGAAACAAGUGUCCACCGUCACCAGUCCGGCGUAUUAGACAUCCAAGAGAGAAAAGGGCCCAUGGUAGGAUGGACCACAUCGAUUGAUCGAUUGAAUCGAUCGACUCAUAUCGUUACCUUUGUGCGGGGCCAGUUCUUUUUGUAAUUCCGGCGUGUUUCUCUCGCACGUGGAAUGUCAAUGGCACGUACGAUGUGCGUGCGUAGCGCGUGCUCGUGCGUAUGUAUGUAUGUCGUUUGUCCACGCCCGCGCACAUAUAUUCGACUUUCCUUUCGUCUUUUUUUUUGUACUCUGUAACAAGGCAAUAAUCUACACUACGCCGUAGUAUUAACUUAUAUUCUAAUAAGAAGAAGAGGGCGACGUGGCUGCGUGCGCGCUUUAUCCGAACAACGAUUGUUAAUAUUUUGUAAUA